CAAUGGAUGUCUCUCAUGAAGUAAAUUUGCUGGUGCAGGAGAUUCAGCGACUUGGCAGUAAAAAUGCUGACGGUCAAACCAGCGUGAAGUUCGGCGUGCUCUUCAGUGACGACCGCUGUGCCAACAUCUUCGAGGCUCUGGUGGGCACCUUGAAGGCAGCCAAGAAAAGGAAGGUGAUCACCUUUCAGGGCGAGUUGCUUCUCCAGGGCGUCCACGACAACGUUGACGUCAUCCUGCUCCAAGAAUGAGGCUGCAGUCGGGGACCAGACGGCCUCCAGCAGCUGUGUGGGUCUGACUGAAUCCUUCCAGAUACUGAGCUUCUGCAGUGUGAUGGCUUGUCACCGAGCUUCUGUUUCCAGUUCUAUUUCUCCAUGUGUAAGGCUCAGUGUCUGAAUUCAAACGUAAUGACCAAACAGAUUAGACCUAACAGUAUACUUCUGGACCCAGCUGGUGGUACCCAUACACUUUCAUUUGAUUUCAUUGUGCCAAACAAAAUCAGUCAUAAAGGUAUUUUCGGUUUUUCAGGAACUGAACUAUAGCCAUUGUUCAUAGUUUCAGAUGACAAGGAAAAAGUGGUGUUUCUCCCUUUCUCAGGCGCUGCCGUUUGAUCAACCAGGGCUCUAAACUGUUUGAUACACUUUUAAGAGUAUAAACGCACAAAUCAGGAAUGUAAUAUUAUAUGUAACGCUUUCAUUUGUUCAUUUCUGUGCAUUAUCAGUACUGACUAAUUAAGACAACCUCAUGCCUCUCAUUGGGCCCGGUCACACCAGCAUUUGAAACAACAACAUUUUUACAGUGAAAUCAAACCAUUCAGUGAUUAGUGGAUUCACUCAUGGGAGAAAAGGACUCAAAUUUCUACAUCAAGUUCAUCUUUGGUAUUACCUUACAAGGCAGUUGGAUUCACAACUCCACGCCUGAAUCAGUCGUCUCAGGCACCAAUCGGUAUCGCAAAUCCAGCUGCCUCGCAAGGUAAGACGGUGGUUCAUCCAAUCACCUGCUAAGUAUUUUAUUUCAAGUGCCUGCCCUUUUCCCAAACAGUUCUCCACGGACGACUUCUCAGAUGGUUCAGUGUAACGAACCAUUUGCCACAUCAGGUUACCGUUAGUAACCUCUGACAGGCAUAGGUAUUGAGAGUGCUGAGCUUUUUAGGGAACGGAGAGCCACAGAGUCUAGAAAGGGGAAGCUAUUAUAGUUUAUUAGCUGUAUCGUACCAUCCACUUUCAUUUAACCUCCUCUGUCAGAGUAUAUAUAUCAGAGUGUAUCUCUAAAGCAAGGAUAAAGGAAUGGGGGUAAUAACGGUUUGUAGACAGAAUGGAUGGUACCAAUACAUCUUUUUAACGUAAAUGAUGGGAACGCCGUUAGACACCAACUCACUCUUUAUUAUUAGGUAAUGAAAUGAUGUACAAUCUUGGGAAUAGAGUUCAGAGAGGUAUUGUGACUGACUUGUGCUUGUGUUGUCUUGCCCUGUCAGUAAGUCACUUCUGUAUGUCACCAAGCCUCUAGAAACACUGGCGAAUUUCACUGUGCCACUUACUGGUGUGACCGGACCUAGAGACACAGAGGACAAAAUGCUGGUUAGAUUGAACAACUUGUAAUCAGUGUCAUACAAACGACGUCUUCAGUGGUUUAAUUUAAGCAUUCUGAAUCUUGAAGAAUAGUUUCUACUGGAUGUGUAUAUUUAAAGCUGCACUACAUUAGUAUUCUUAUUCUCUGUAUCACAGUGGGAGACAUUAAGGCAUCAUGGACUACAAUGUGAUGAGUAUAUGCACAUCUAAAUCUAGUGCAGGUUUAAAACAAACCAUAUUGUGUGUCCACCGACAGUGUCACCUGAUGGCAAUUCCAUUUAUUGUUUACAUGAGCCAUUUUUACUACCUCUGGACUUUGUAAUAAGGCGUUAUUAGAGUUCCUUUGGAGAUCCAAGAACAAUUCCUUCAUAGAAACUACAAAGACAACUGCAUUUCAAGAGAGACUUUUGCACCUUUUUGUAUUCAUUACAAUGUGCUAGUGAUAGUUUUUAUUCCAUCUUUUUAUAUCUAAGAUUAGUGAUGAAUUGUGUCUUCUAAACAAAUUCUAAAAGCUCUUGUUGUCUUUGUGAUAUCUAAGGAGAAAGAGUCUAUAAACAAAUGGCGAAUGUAUUUAUUGUGCAAUUUUUAUUAGUGUAUAAUUACAGGGUGAUUGGUGCCAAAUGAAUAAAGAUGAAUUUGUAAAGUUUCUCAGGACCAAAAUCAACACAACCAAAAUAUGUUUAAUUAAUGUCCUGUGGCUUAAAUUAGAUGUCUUAGAUGUGUGACAAGAGAUAUGCAUUUAUAGUUACAUUCCCUUUUUUUUGGUUGUUUUUACCACUUAUUCUGUACUGUACGUCAAAUGAAACUCGCAGAUCAGGAACAAUCCCUUUGGUUAGUUUCCAUCUAAACUCAUCACUCGUGUCUUUUACUGGGUUUUUUUUUUUUUUUUUUUAAAGAAAGCACUCCUUUACUUGCCAGAAUAUCAUACAUAAGCACAGCCAGCUUUGUAUGGAGGCUAAAAGUGGUCAAAAUUAAAUGAAGGAUAAAGGAGACAUGCAACAAAUACAUGUAUAAACUCAGUCAAAAUGUGAAAUAGUGAAAUAUCUUUUU